UAUGCUCUUAUUCAUAGCACUUCAACCCUGUAUGGCAUACGUCGCAGUUGACGUUUUAUUUGUGCAAGACGUUUGACAAUUUUUGGCCUCUUUGGUCCGCCAUAUACAACACUCCGGCGAACGCACUCCAUCCAAUGAGCUCCACUGCGCGUUGGCUGUCACCCUCACCUCCGCACACACACACACACACACACACACACGAACACACGCACACACGCGCGCUCGCGAGCUGCCUGCCUCCCUUCCACACACAGGGACAGCACGAGCUUUUCCGUGCGAAGGCUAACCAUGGCUGACGGAGGUGAAGGCGAGGAUGAAAUUCAGUUCCUGCGGACUGAUGAUGAGGUGGUCCUGCAGUGUUCAGCUACAAUUCACAAGGAACAACAGAAACUCUGUUUGGCUGCUGAAGGCUUCGGAGAUAGACUUUGCUUUCUUGAAUCCAUCUCCAACUCCAAGAAUGUUCCUCCAGAUCUGUCUAUUUGCACUUUUGUGUUGGAGCAGUCACUGUCAGUACGAGCACUUCAGGAGAUGCUUGCCAGCACCGAGGAGAAGACUGAGGGGACAGCACAGGGUGGUGGUCAUCGCACGUUACUCUACGGACACGCCGUCCUACUACGACACUCUUACAGUGGAAUGUACCUGUGCUGUCUUUCAACCUCCCGUUCAUCCACGGACAAACUGGCUUUUGAUGUGGGACUGCAAGAAGAUACCACAGGUGAGGCGUGUUGGUGGACUAUCCAUCCAGCAUCAAAACAGCGUUCAGAGGGCGAGAAGGUCAGAGUCGGAGAUGAUCUCAUCCUGGUCAGCGUCUCCUCUGAAAGAUAUCUGCAUCUGUCGUAUGGUAAUGGCAGUCUCCAUGUAGAUGCAGCCUUCCAGCAGACACUAUGGAGUGUGGCUCCCAUAUGUUCUGGUAGUGAAGUAGCACAAGGUUUUCUUAUAGGAGGGGACGUCCUGCGUCUUCUUCAUGGUCACAUGGAUGAGUGCCUAACUGUUCCAUCUGGGGAGCAUGGGGAUGAUCAGAGGAGGACAGUGCACUAUGAGGGAGGACCAGUGUCCAGUCAUGCCAGGUCCCUGUGGAGGCUGGAGACACUGCGGGUUCUUUGGAGUGGCAGUCAUAUCCGCUGGGGUCAGCCUUUCAGACUGAGACAUGUGACCACUGGGAAGUAUCUGAGUCUCAUAGAAGACAAGUCUCUCAUGCUGGUGGACAAAGAGAAAGCUGAUGUCAAGUCUACAGCAUUCUGCUUCCGGUCUUCCAAGGAAAAGUUGGACCUUGGUGUAAGGAAGGAGGUGGACGGGAUGGGUACUCCUGACAUUAAGUAUGGUGACUCAGUGUGUUACAUCCAACAUGUUGACACCUGUCUGUGGCUUACAUACCAGACUGUUGAUGCCAAGUGUGCUCGCAUGGGCGGAAUACAGAGAAAGGCUAUCAUGCACCAUGAGGGUCACAUGGAUGAUGGGCUAACUCUGUCUCGAUCACAACAUGAGGAGAGCCACACUGCGAGAGUCAUCCGGAGUACUGCCUUUCUUUUCAACCUUUUCAUCAGGGGUCUAGAUGCAUUAAGAAAAAAAGGAAAGAGCUCUACUUUAGACCUGCCAAUAGACUCAGUCAGCCUAAGUCUGCAGGACCUGAUUGGAUACUUCCAACCACCUGAUGAACACUUGGAACAUGAAGACAAGCAGAACCGACUCAGGGCACUGAAGAAACGGCAAAACCUCUUCCAGGAGGAGGGGGUGAUCAGCCUGGGAUUGGAGUGUAUUGAUCGCCUUCACGUCUACAAUAGUGCAGCUCACUUUGCUGAGACAGUAGGAAGGGAAGCUGCAGAGGCCUGGAGCUCCAUCCUCAACUCCCUCUACCAGCUGCUGGCUGCCCUCAUCAGAGGAAACAGGAAGAACUGUGCUCAGUUUUCUGGUUCAUUGGACUGGCUGAUUAGCAGACUGGAGCAACUGGAGGCCUCUUCUGGUAUAUUGGAGGUUCUUCACUGUGUCCUGGUGGAGAGUCCAGAGGCGCUAAAUAUUAUAAAAGAGGGACACAUCAAAUCCAUUAUAUCCCUUUUGGACAAGCACGGACGCAACCAUAAGGUUCUAGACGUGUUGUGUUCAUUAUGUGUAUGUCACGGUGUAGCGGUACGUGCCAACCAGCACUUGAUCUGUGACAACCUGCUACCAGGUAGAGAUCUGCUAUUGCAGACUCGCCUGAUAAACCACACAACCAGCAUUCAUCCCAACAUCUUUCUGGGUGUCAGUGAUGGCUCUGCCCAGUACAGGAAAUGGUACUACGAGCUGAUUGUGGAUCAGGCAUUGCCAUUUGUCACAGCAGAAGCCACUCACCUUAGGGUAGGCUGGGCCAACACCAAUGGCUAUGCGCCCUACCCUAGUGGGGGAGAGGGCUGGGGAGGCAAUGGUGUAGGGGAUGACCUCUACUCAUAUGGCUUUGAUGGACUCCAUCUUUGGUCAGGAUGUGUUGCACGGACUGUUAGUUCACCCAAUCAUCACCUUUUGGGAUCAGAGGAUGUGGUAAGCUGCUGCUUGGAUCUCAGCGUACCCAGUAUCUCCUUCAGGAUCAACGGCCAACCAGUUCAGGGCAUGUUUGAGAACUUCAACUCUGAUGGCCUCUUCUUCCCUGUGGCCAGCUUUUCUGCUGGUGUCAGGGUCCGUUUCCUACUUGGGGGUCGUCAUGGAGAGUUCAAGUUCCUUCCUCCACCAGGUUAUGCCCCUUGCUAUGAGGCUGUGUUGCCCAGGGAGAAGCUAAAACUUGAGGCCAGUCAGAACCAGACUGCAGCUAGAGAUCUUCUAGGACCAAACAUCACCUUGAGUCAGGCAGCAUUCACCCCCACACCUGUGGACACCAGCCAGAUUGUUCUACCACCCCACUUGGAGAGGAUCAGGGAAAAACUUGCAGAAAACAUCCAUGAACUGUGGGUAAUGAACAAGAUAGAACUGGGCUGGACCUAUGGUGCAGUACGAGAUGACAACAAACGUCAACACCCAUGUCUGGUGGAGUUUUCCAAGCUUCCAGAACAGGAACGAAGCUACAACUUACAGAUGUCUCUUGAGACUCUGAAAACUCUCCUGGCUUUGGGUUGCCAUGUUGGUCUUGCAGAUGAACAUGCUGUAGGAAAAGUCAAGAGCAUGAAAUUGUCAUCCACCUAUGAGCUUUCCAGUGGUUACAAACCUGCUCCCCUGGACUUGAGUCAUAUCAAACUGACGACCGCCCAGGAAACUAUGGUGGACAAACUGGCUGAGAAUGCACACAACGUGUGGGCAAGAGACCGUAUCCGACAGGGCUGGACAUAUGGCAUCCAGCAGGAUGUGAAAACCCGUCGAAAUCCUCGGCUGGUCCCGUACACUCUACUGGAUGAGAGAACCAAGAAGUCCAACAAAGAUAGUCUGAGAGAGGCUGUCAGGACUCUGCUGGGAUAUGGAUAUAACCUGGAAACAUCUGACCAGGACAGUGCUCAAUCUGACUUCAGCAAUAUGUCUGCUGAGAGGUUCCGCAUUUUCAGAGCAGAGAAAACCUACUGUGUUAAUACUGGGAAGUGGUACUUUGAGCUUGAGGUAUUAACAGUUGGAGAAAUGAGGGUGGGCUGGGCCAGGCCAGGAUGCCUGCCAGACCAGGAUCUAGGAUCUGAUGACCAGGCCUUUGUCUUUGAUGGCUUCAAGGUCCAGCGCUGGCACCAAGGCAAUGAGCACUUCGGGCGUGCCUGGCAGAUAGGGGAUGUGGUGGGAUGCAUGGUGGAUCUGAAGGAGCACACCAUGAUGUUCACACUGAAUGGAGAAGUUAUGCUGGAUGAUUCUGGAUCUGAGCUGGCCUUCAAGGAUUUUGACCCUGGCGAAGGUUUUAUCCCAGUGUGUAGUCUAGGUGUGAGCCAGGUGGGAAGAAUGAACUUUGGUAGAGACGUCAGCAGUCUAAGGUACUUCACCAUCUGUGGCCUGCAGGAAGGCUACGAACCCUUUGCUGUCAACAUGAACCGGAACAUCACAAUGUGGUUCAGCAAGAGGUUGCCUCAGUUUGUGCCUGUGGCCCCCAACCACCAACACAUUGAGGUGACGAGGAUAGAUGGAACAGUAGAGUCGUGUCCUUGCCUAAAGGUUACCCAGAAGUCAUUCAGCUCACAGAACAGUUACAGUGACAUUACCUUCUACAGACUGAGCAUGCCCAUAGAGUGCGCUGAAUCCAGAUCCCCAUUUAAAGGCAGCCUUUUCUCACCAAACAAGGAACUGGAGGACUUUGAAACUGGUUCAGAAUUUGAGGUCCUGAUGAAGUCAUCACACAGUCACAAUGGUCCCAACAGACCUGACAGAGAUGAAUUCAACAACCACAAAGACUAUACGCAGGAGAAAACAUCCAAGCUCAAACAACGGUUUACAUUGAAGAAAAACAAGCAAGACAACAUCUCUCCCUCAUCUGCUUGCCUGUCAGAGGAGGUGAUGGCCGAAGACAGAGAUGAUUAUGAAUUCCUCAUGCAAGUUCCUACUCAUAACUACUACUCAGUGCGGAUCUUCCCUGGUCAGGACCCCAGCAGUGUUUGGGUAGGCUGGGUAACCUCAGACUUCCAUCAAUAUGACCCAGGGUUUGAGCUGCACAAGGUCCAAACUGUCACUGUUACGCUGGGAGAUGAGAAGGGCAAAGUUCAUGAAAGUAUUAAACGCAGCAACUGUUACAUGGUGUGGGCUGGGGAGAGCAGCAGUCCUGGUCAAGGAAGGAACAACAACGGCUUAGAGAUUGGCUGUUUGGUUGACACAACAAAUGGUUUGUUGACCUUCACAGCCAAUGGCAAAGAACUCAGCACAUACUACCAGGUGGAACCCAGUACCAAGCUGUUUCCAGCAGUCUUUGCCAAGGCCACCAGUCCCAGUAUCUUCCAGUUUGAACUGGGGUGUAUUAAGAAUGUGAUGCCUCUAUCAGCUGGUCUGUUUAAGAGUGAGAGGAACAACCCAGUUCCCCAGUGUCCUCCUCGGCUUCAUGUCCAGUUUCUCACUCCUGUGCUGUGGAGUCGUGUUCCCAACCACUUCCUCAAGGUAUCAAUAUCCAGAGUGAAUGACCGACAUGGCUGGCUGGUCCAGUGUAAUGAACCUCUGCAAUUCAUGUCUCUACACAUACCAGAGGAGAACAGGUCAUUGGAUAUCCUGGAGCUGUCAGAGCAGAAGGACCUAUUAAAGUUUCACUACCAUACCCUCAGACUGUACUCUGCAAUCUGUGCGCUGGGUAACAACCGGGUAGCUCAUGCCCUCUGCUCCCACAUUGAUGAGGCACAGCUUCUGCAAGCUAUAGAGAAUAAGUAUAUGCCAGGUCUGCUUCGAGCGGGUUACUACGAUCUCCUCAUCGACAUCCACUUAAGCAGCUAUGCUACAGCUCGCCUUAUGAUGAACAAUGAGUACAUUGUUCCCAUGACAGAUGAAACAAAGAGUAUCACCCUUUUUCCAGAUGAGAAGAAAAAACAUGGCUUGCCUGGAAUUGGACUCAGCACUUCUCUCCGACCCAGAAUGCAAUUCUCAUGCCCAAAUUUUGUAUGCGGGACCAGAGAGUCUUAUCGUAACAGUGGCAACAAUGGAUCAGGUUCUGGAGAACGUUUCCAGUACAGUCCUGAAUUUCCCUUAGAUAUACUGAAAAUUAAAACCAUCGAGAUGCUGACAGAAGCAGUGCGUGAAGGAAGCAUGCACGUACGGGAUCCAAUAGGAGGCAGCACAGAGAGUCUUUUUGUCCCCCUCAUCAAGCUCGUUUACACCAUGCUUAUCAUGGGGAUUUUCCAGAAUGGAGAUCUAAAAAACAUUCUCCAACUGAUAGAACCGUCUGUUUUCUUGGAACUGCGAAACGGGCAAGAGGAAAUUCACAAAGAACUGGAGAUGACAAAGGAGGUGGAGACUGAGGGUGGAGAAAAGGAUGGAGGAAGAAACAUACUUAAAGAAGGGCUCUUACAGAUGAAACUGCCAGAGCCUGUAAAACUGCAGAUGUGCCAUGUCCUGCAAUACUUGUGUGACUGCCAGGUGCGCCAUCGAAUUGAAGCAGUGGUGGCCUUCUCUGAUGACUUUGUGGCUUGUCUUCAAGAAAACCAACGGUUCCGCUACAAUGAGGUGAUGCUGGCACUUAACAUGUCAGCAGCCCUCACUGCCAAGAAGACCAAAGAAUUCAGAUCUCCCCCACAGGAACAGAUCAACAUGUUGCUGAACUUUAAGGAUGAGAAGCAGGAGUGUCCCUGUCCAGAACACGUCCGAGAGCAGCUGACAGAUUUCCAUGAAGAUCUUAUGAGACACUGUGGUAUAGAGUUGGACGAGGAGAGAGGUGGUGACGGAGAAAGCGACUUCACCAUACGAGGCCGACUCAUGUCACUAGUGGAGAAAGUGGCUUAUUUGAAGAAGAAGAUGGCCAACCUUCCAAAAGACAAAAAAGACAGGAAGCCAUACUGUGACUUUGAUGCUCACUGGUCGUCUGCCUCCCUCUUUCCACUUAACAUACAGUCUCAGGGUGUCGGACUUGGGAUGAAACCCUCUGUGCAUGGUACAUUACAGCAGUUGAUUUCAGAUACUAUGGUCCGCUGGGCUCAGGAGUCAGUUAUUGAGGCUCCGGAACUAGUCAGAGCUAUGUUUGUCUUGCUGCACCGCCAGUAUGAUGGCAUUGGAGGACAGGUGCGGGCACUUCCUAAAACCUACACUAUAAACUCUGUGUCGAUUGAGGACACUAUCAACUUAUUGGCUGCUCUGGGUCAAAUCAGAUCCCUCCUAAGUGUACGAAUGGGUAGAGAAGAGGAGAAACUGAUGAUCAGAGGACUGGGUGAUAUUAUGAACAACAAGGUAUUCUACCAGCAUCCUAACCUGAUGAGAGCUUUGGGGAUGCAUGAGACUGUCAUGGAGGUCAUGGUCAACGUACUCAGUGGAGGAGGCUCCAAAGAAAUCACUUUUCCCAAAAUGGUGGCCAACUGUUGUCGUUUUCUGUGCUACUUCUGUCGAAUUAGCCGUCAGAACCAGAAAGCUAUGUUUGACCAUCUAAGCUACCUACUGGAGAACAGCAGUGUUGGCCUUGCAUCUCCCUCUAUGCGAGGAUCCACUCCCCUGGAUGUGGCUGCAGCCUCUGUCAUGGAUAAUAAUGAGCUGGCCCUGGCUUUAAGAGAGCCAGAUCUAGAGAAGGUGGUGCAGUACCUUGCUGGCUGUGGGCUGCAGAGCUGUGCGAUGCUGGUGUGUAAACAAUACCCUGACAUCGGCUGGAACCCUGUGGAGGGGGAGCGAUAUCUAGACUUCCUGCGAUUUGCUGUUUUCUGCAAUGGUGAAAGUGUGGAAGAGAAUGCCAAUGUUGUGGUAAGGCUUCUUAUUCGGCGACCAGAAUGUUUUGGUCCUGCCCUUCGAGGUGAAGGUGGCGACGGGUUGCUGGCAGCAAUGGAGGAAGCCAUUAAGAUCUCUCUAGAUCCCUCUAGAGAUGGUCCAUCCCCUACGUCUGAAAGCAGCAAGACACUCAGUGACAUGGAUGAGGAAGAUGAUACCAUCCACAUGGGAAAUGCUAUCAUGACUUUCUAUGCUGCUCUUAUUGACCUCCUUGGCCGCUGUGCUCCAGAGAUGCAUUUGAUCCAUGCUGGUAAAGGUGAAGCAAUCCGUAUCAGAGCCAUUUUGAGGUCUCUCAUUCCUAUUGAAGACCUGGUGGGAGUCAUCAGCAUUUCAUUCUCCAUGCCUAACCUAGCUAAAGAUGGGUUGGUUGUGGAACCGGACAUGUCAGCAGGAUUCUGUCCUGACCAUAAAGCUGCCAUGGUCCUGUUUCUUGACCGGGUCUAUGGCAUAGAAAACCAGAAUUUUCUCCUUCACCUCCUGGAAGUCGGAUUCUUACCAGAUCUGAGGGCUGCUGCCUCUCUGGACACUGUUACUCUCAGUGCCACAGAUAUGGCACUUGCCCUCAACAGGUAUUUGUGUACAGCAGUGUUACCUCUUCUGACUAAAUGUGCUCCACUGUUUGCGGGGACCGAGCCCUUUGCAUCACUGAUCGACUCCUUCCUUCACACGGUGUACCGCCUGUCCAAAGGUUGCUGCCUCACCAAGGCACAGAGGGAUGUCAUAGAGGAGUGUCUGCUAGCUGUUUGUGGCAAGCUGAGGCCUUCAAUGAUGCAACAUCUCCUGAGGAGGCUGGUGUUUGAUGUUCCACUGCUUAAUGAACACACCAAGAUGCCUCUGAAGCUACUGACCAAUCACUAUGAGCGUUGCUGGAAAUAUUAUUGCCUGGCUGGAGGUUGGGGCAAUUUUGGAGCAGCGUCGGAAGAAGAGCUUCACCUCUCAAGGAAAUUGUUCUGGGGAAUCUUUGAUGCUCUGUCUUGCAAGCAGUAUGAUGAGGAGCUUUAUAAGCUUGCGCUACCAUGUCUCAGUGCUGUGGCUGGAGCCCUUCCUCCAGACUACAUGGAGUCCAACUACAUGGCCAUGAUGGAGAAGCACUCAUCUAUGGACUUAGAGGGAAAUUUCAUUCCCCAGCCUGCAGACACUACCAACGUGACUGUCUCAGAGAAACUGGACUAUUUCAUUGCCCGAUACGCAGAGCACAACCAUGAGAAGUGGUGUAUUGAAAAGUUUUCCAGUGGCUGGUCAUAUGGAGAACAGAUCUGUGAAAUUACCAAGAGCCACCCUCUACUGAAACCAUACAAAGGCCUCUCUGAGAAGGAUAAAGAGGUGUACUGUGCGCCUAUCAGAGAGUCUCUAAAAACCAUGCUCUCAUGGGGUUGGAGCAUUGACAGGAUAAGGGAGGGAGACCCUUCCAGUCGCCAUGACAAAUCCAGAAGGAUAUCGCAGGCCAGCCAGCUGUCAUUUGAAGGCUCUCCAGCUUUCAGCCCAAGACCCAUUGAUAUGAGCAAUGUUACACUGUCCAGAGAUAUGCAGUCUCUGGCAGAGUUGCUUGCAGAGAAUUAUCAUAAUAUCUGGGCCAUGAAAAAGAAAAUGGAGCUGGAACUCAAAGGUGGAGGAAACCAUCCACUAUUAGUUCCUUAUGAUACACUCACUGCCAAAGAAAAAUCCAAAGACAGAGAAAAAGCACAAGACAUCCUGAAGUUCCUUCAGAUCAAUGGUUACUCUGUGUCCAGAAGUGAGAAGUUGCAGGAACUAGACACACCAGCAAUAGAGAAACGAUUUGCCUACACGUUCCUCCAGCAGCUCAUCACAUAUGUAGACCAAGCCCACCAACAAAUGAUGGAGUUAGAUCUGGAAACAAGGCUGAAGGGAGAGCAGACUCCACAUGAACAGCAGAUUAAGUUCUUUGGGAAGGUCGUGUUGCCAUUGGUGGAUCUGUACUUUAAAAACCACAGGCUGUACUUCCUAUCUACAGCCAUACAUCCAGUGAGCAGUGGUGGCCACGCCUCUAAUAAAGAAAAGGAGAUGGUAACCAGUCUUUUCUGCAAACUCGGAGUUCUUGUCAGACAUAGGAUAUCACUUUUUGGUAACAAUGCAACAUCAAUAGUCAACUGUUUGCAGAUACUAGGACAAAGCUUGGACGCCAGGACAGUGAUGAAGACUGGACUGGAGUCAGUGAAGGCAGCUUUACGGUCAUACUUCAGUAAUGCUGCUGAGGAUUUGGAGAAGACUCAAGAGAACCUGAAACUUGGCCAGUUCACUCACAGCAGAGAGCAGCCGCGCGGUGUCACACAGAUCAUCAAUUACACCACAUUUGCUCUGCUGCCUGUCCUGUCGUCCCUGUUUGAGCAUAUCGGACAGAGCAUGUUUGGAGAAGACCUCAUAUUGGCUGAUGUUCAGAAAUCUUGCUACAGAAUCCUCAACAGCCUCUACUUUCUGGGAACCAACAAAAGCAUCUAUGUGGAAAGACAUCGCCCAGGAAUAGGAAAGUGUUUAGCUGCCUUCUCAGCAGCCUUUCCUGUUGCCUUUCUCGAGCCACACAUGAACAAGUUUAACAACUUUUCCAUCUACAACAGCAAAGCAAGUUUAGACAGAGCAGGACUUCCAGGUCAGGUUGGAGAAGUUUGUCCAAUGAUCCCAAGCUUAGAGAGGUCUCUAGAGGAUAUUAUGGAACUGGCAGAAUCUGGCAUAAGAUACACUCAGAUGCCGCACGUCAUGGAGGUGGUGUUGCCAAUGUUGUGCAACUACAUGUCUCACUGGUGGGAACAUGGACCAGAAAGCAACCUGGAAAAAGCUGACAGCUGCAGCACAUCUGUCACCUCUGAACACAUGAACAGCCUGCUGGGAAAUAUACUUAAGAUAAUCUAUAACAACCUUGGAAUAGAUGAGGGAGCCUGGAUGAAAAGACUGGCAGUCUUCUCUCAGCCAAUUAUCGGCAAAGCCAAAGCACAGCUUUUAAAGACACACUUCCUGCCUCUGAUGGAGAAACUCAAGAAGAAAGCAGCAGUUGUGCUGAUGGAUGAAGAAAACAGUAAGGUGGAGGGCAGGGGGGAGAUGUCAGAGACGGAGCUUCUCAUCAUGGACCAGUUCACCAUACUGGUCAGAGACCUAUAUGCCUUCUACCCUAUCCUCAUACGAUUUGUCGACUACAACAGGGCCACCUGGCUGAAAGAGUCUAGUCCAGAGGCGGAGGAACUGUUCCGAAUGGUGGCAGAGGUUUUCAUCUUCUGGGCCAAGUCUCAUAACUUCAAGAGGGAAGAGCAGAACUUUGUAGUCCAGAAUGAAAUCAACAACAUGUCCUUCCUCAUCACUGACACCAAGUGUAAGAUGUCAAAGGGAAUAGUUUCAGACCAGGAGAGGAAGAAGAUGAAGAGAAAAGGGGAUCGAUACUCUAUGCAGACAAGCCUAAUUGUUGCCACUCUGAAGCGUCUGUUGCCUAUAGGACUCAACAUGUGUGCUCCAGGGGAACAGGAGCUCAUAGCACUGGCCAAAAACCGCUUCAUUCAGAAAGAUACAGAGGAAGAAGUAAGAGAGAUCAUCAGGAACAAUCUGCACUUACAAGGGAAGGUUGAGGACCCGGCUAUUCGUUGGCAAAUGGCUCUCUACAGAGAAUUCCCGAGCCAUCAUGAGGAUACCUCUGACCCAGAGAAGACUGUAGCAAGAGUACUGGACAUUGCUCAUGUCCUCUUCUACCUGGACCAGGUGGAACAUCCUCAGCGCAGUAAAAAGGCUGUGUGGCAUAAACUGCUGUCGAAACAGAGGAAGAGAGCUGUGGUCGCUUGCUUCAGGAUGGCACCACUCUAUAACCUGCCAAGGCACCGGGCAGUGAACUUGUUUCUGCAAGGGUAUGAGAAGUCCUGGAUUGAAGCAGAGGAACACUACUUUGAAGAUAAACUCAUAGAAGACCUUGCUAAGCCUGGUGAAAAGGAGUUGUUUGAGGAAGAGGAGGGCAUGAAACACAUUGAUCCACUGCAUCAGCUCAUUCAGCUCUUCAGUAGAACAGCCCUCACAGAGAAAUAUAAACUGGAUGAGGACAAUCUUUACAUGGCCUAUGCAGACAUCAUGGCUAAGAGCUGCCACGAUGAAGAGGAUGAAGACGGAGUAGUGAAGAGUUUUGAAGAGAAGGAGAUGGAGAAGCAGAAAUUGUUAUAUCAACAGGCUAGGCUCCAUGACCGUGGGGCUGCUGAGAUGGUGCUUCAAACCAUCAGUGCUAGUAAAGGUGAGAUGGGUCCCAUGGUGGCAUCUACUCUGAAGCUUGGGAUAGCAAUUCUCAAUGGAGGAAACUCUACUGUGCAGCAGAAAAUGUUGGAUUAUCUGAGAGACAAGAAAGAUGUGGGAUUCUUUCAGAGUCUGGCUGGUCUUAUGCAGUCAUGCAGUGUUCUGGAUCUAAAUGCAUUUGAGAGGCAGAACAAAGCUGAGGGACUAGGCAUGGUGACAGAGGAGGGAUCAGUCAUCACUCAUGAGCGUGGUGAGAAGGUCAUGCAGAAUGAUGAGUUCACCUGUGACCUAUUCCGCUUCCUGCAGCUGCUAUGUGAAGGGCAUAAUUCAGACUUCCAGAACUACUUGAGGACACAAACGGGAAACAAUACCACUGUUAACAUCAUCAUAUCUACUGUUGACUACCUUCUCAGAGUUCAGGAGUCUAUCAGUGAUUUCUACUGGUAUUAUUCUGGGAAAGAUGUUAUUGAUGAUCAGGGGCAGAGGAAUUUCUCAAAGGCAAUUCGUGUGGCCAAGCAGGUUUUCAAUACUCUCACAGAGUACAUCCAGGGUCCAUGUACUGGCAACCAGCAGAGUUUGGCCCACAGUCGACUGUGGGAUGCUGUGGUUGGCUUUCUACAUGUCUUUGCUCAUAUGCAGAUGAAAUUAUCUCAGGACUCAAGUCAGAUUGAGUUACUGAAGGAACUGAUGGAUCUGCAGAAAGACAUGGUGGUCAUGCUGCUGUCUAUGUUGGAGGGCAACGUUGUGAAUGGGACUAUUGGGAAACAAAUGGUGGACAUGUUGGUGGAGUCCUCCAACAACGUUGAAAUGAUCCUCAAGUUCUUUGACAUGUUCCUAAAACUAAAAGACCUGACAUCCUCAGAUGCCUUCAAGGAGUAUGACCCUGAUGGAAAAGGUGUCAUUUCCAAGAGGGACUUCCAUAAGGCCAUGGAGAGCCAUAAACACUACACACAGUCUGAGACUGAGUUUUUGCUGUCCUGUGCUGAGACUGAUGAGAAUGAACUCCUGGACUAUGAGGAAUUUGUGGAACGCUUUCAUGAGCCAGCCAAGGACAUAGGCUUUAACGUGGCAGUUUUGCUGACCAACUUGUCAGAGCACAUGCCUCACGAUGCCCGGCUACAGACCUUCCUGGAACUGGCAGAGAGUGUCCUUAACUACUUUCAACCAUACCUAGGCCGGAUCGAGAUCAUGGGCAGUGCUAAGCGCAUUGAAAGAGUUUACUUUGAGAUUAGCGAAUCUAGUCGGACACAGUGGGAAAAACCUCAGGUUAAGGAAUCCAAGCGUCAGUUCAUCUUUGAUGUGGUGAAUGAAGGGGGGGAGAAGGAGAAGAUGGAACUGUUUGUGAAUUUCUGCGAAGACACUAUAUUUGAAAUGCAACUAGCAGCUCAGAUGUCUGAUGUUGGUGAACGCUCAGUAGUUAAAGAGGAGAGUGAGCAGGAGAAACCAGACGAGGAGAACCCUGACACAAGCUUCUUCUCUGUUACCACUGUUCACAUGGCACUGAUAUCUCUCCAACACAACAUCACACUGCUAAUAAAGGUGCUGUCUAUGAAAAGCUUGAAGAAACAGGUGAAGAAAAUAAAGAACAUGACAGUGAAAGAUAUUGUGACAACCUUGGUCUCCUUCUACUGGUCAGUGCUGCUAGGACUCCUCCAUGUGGCGUUCAGUGUGACUCGAGGAUUUUGCAGAAUUCUUUACUGCGCCUGCAUGGGAGGAAAUCUGGUGGAUGGGGCCAAGGCCAUAAAGGUGUCAGAUUUGCUGGCCAACAUGGUAGACCCCACCCAGGAUGAGGUGCGGGGUGAGGGUGAGAACAGAGAAAAGAGGCUAUCUGAUCACAGCUCCCCAAAGGAGGAUCUAGCUGACCUGUCAGUUAGCACAAGUGAAACUGACCUGUUGUCUGACAUUUUUGGUCUGGACUUACGAAGGGAGGGGGGACAGUACAAGGUCACCCCCCAUAACCCAAAUGCCAGCCUUACUGAACUCCUCAACACCCCUGUUCCCUCCCUGACCCCACCUCAAGAACCACAGAAUGAACUUAGAAGAAGGCAUCAGUCGAAAAACUCUUCUUCAGGGGAAAAUGAGGCAACACCAGAGACUCAGUGUGAACCUGAAAAAACAUCCGAUGGUUGUGAAGAGAAACAAGAGGAACAACAAAAGAAUGAGAAAAUUAAACCAAAAGUGAGAAGGCAUCACAUCUCAAAGUCUGAUGAACCUGAUCUGCAGGGGUCUGCCUUUUUGAAGAAGAUCAUAGCCUACCAGAGGAAACUACUGAACUACUUUGCCAGGAACUUCUAUAACAUGAGGAUGCUGGCCUUGUUUGUUGCCUUUGCAAUCAACUUUAUCCUCCUGUUCUAUAAGGUUUCUACUUCCUCAUCUGUGGUUGAAGACCGGCAAGUGUUGGAUGCCACUACCCAACCAGAUGGCAAUGGUCAGUGGUAUCCCCUAGAUGGAGAAACAUUGGAGCCAAGGCUGGAGAGGAUGGAUGGAGCUGGGGAGCCCCUGAAGCCUGUCACAGUCCGUUUCGUCCUGGAGGAGAGUAGUGGAUACAUGGAGCCCAUGCUACGUAUCCUGGCCAUUUUACACACAGUCAUCUCCUUCUUCUGCAUCAUUGGAUACUACUGUCUCAAGGUGCCACUGGUGAUAUUUAAGCAUGAAAAAGAGGUGGCCAGGAAGCUGGAAUUUGAUGGCCUUUACAUUACAGAACAACCAUCUGAGGAUGACAUCAAAGGACAGUGGGACAGACUGGUUAUCAACACCCAAUCUUUCCCCAACAACUACUGGGAUAAGUUUGUGAAAAGGAAGGUGAUGGAUAAAUAUGGUGAGUUUUAUGGCCAUGACCGCAUCAGUGAACUGCUGGGAAUGGACAAGGCUGCUCUGGACUUCAGCGAUGCUCACAAAAAGAGAAAGCCCCGGAGAGACAGCUCACUCACUGCUGUGCUGAACUCUAUUGAUGUAAAGUACCAGAUCUGGAAGCUGGGAGUUGUAUUCACUGACAAUUCCUUCCUGUAUCUUGCCUGGUAUAUGACCAUGUCCAUCCUCGGUCACUAUAACAACUUCUUCUUUGCCGCGCAUCUGCUGGACAUCGCCAUGGGUUUUAAGACACUGCGUACCAUACUCUCCUCUGUCACACACAAUGGCAAACAGCUGGUGUUAACGGUUGGCCUGUUAGCAGUGGUGGUGUACCUCUACACAGUAGUGGCCUUUAACUUCUUCAGGAAGUUCUACAACAAGAGUGAAGAUGGAGAACUUCCAGACAUGAAGUGUGAUGACAUGUUGACAUGUUACAUGUUCCACAUGUAUGUGGGUGUGCGAGCAGGAGGAGGAAUCGGUGAUCAGAUUGAAGACCCUGCGGGUGACGAGUAUGAAAUCUACCGCAUCAUCUUUGAUAUCACUUUUUUCUUCUUUGUCAUCGUUAUACUUCUGGCCAUCAUCCAGGGGUUGAUCAUUGAUGCAUUUGGAGAGCUGAGGGACCAGCAAGAACAAGUGAAAGAAGACAUGGAGACCAAAUGUUUUAUCUGUGGAAUUGGAAAUGACUACUUUGAUACAGUCCCACAUGGCUUUGAAACACACACCUUACAGGAGCACAACUUGGCCAACUACUUAUUCUUUGUGAUGUAUCUCAUCAACAAAGAUGAAACAGAGCACACAGGCCAGGAGUCUUAUGUCUGGAAGAUGUACCAAGAACGUUGCUGGGAGUUUUUCCCUGCUGGUGACUGUUUCCGAAAACAGUAUGAAGAUCAACUCAACUGACCUAUUCUUGGAGCAAUAGAUUCUUCCUUUUCACGCUGUAACCUCAUCAUGGCCUUCUGCUUUCCCCCAAACCUUCCUUACUGUUCUGUAGAUAGCCCCUAUUCUGCCAAAGGACAGGUUCUACUCUCUGCUUCAUCUUCCACUCCAGGAGGAUUCAUACAAUAGGCCCCACCUUUAGCUGUCUUCAUCUAGAUAGCUCAACUUAAGCAUCAUUUGUGUAGAAUUCUAAGAUUUUGUACAUGGAAAAUAUAUGCUGUACAAUAUGUGACUAGUGACAAAACAAGGUUUAUGGGUCUGAUGAUUUCUUUGCUUCAUUUUAUGUAACAUUCACUGUAACAAGCAAACUAUACAAAGGAAUGAUGGAGCAAGGGGAAAAAAGAAGGACACAGAGAUGGAAUCUACAGAGAAUUCUUCCUGAAAGUGACAUUACUGUGCUGAUGUCUAAUGACUCUUCACGUACCCAACGCUGCAUGUUGGUGCUGGUAAUCCAACAUUGCUCUAUACGAAGUCUGACCUUUGAAAGGGUUAAAUGCCAUUCUUUACUUAAGAUUGGCAAAAUAUGAUGAUCUCAUGAUCUGACUGGUUUUGUUAUAGGAGAAUUGGGAUGAAAUAAGAUGAUCCUUUAAUUUACCACAGUGGUAAAUUAAGGAAUUUCCAAUGCUACAGCAUCUUAUAAUUUAAGGACAGCACACAUAAUAGAAAGAGUCAUUGAAGGACCUCAGUAGUGCUCCCUGCACUCCAAAGGACCUAAGUCCUUAGCAGGCAGAGCCUGCUGGGGCCUUUCUUAUAAAGUGCACUAGUGGGGUCAAUCCAGUCCAGUCUUUUGUUCAGGUUAAUACCCAGGUACUUAUAAGAGUUCACUAUCUCUAUGUCCUUUUCCUGGAUGUUCACUUGCGUGUGUGUUUGUCAGUGCAGAAAUCCACCACCAGCUCCAGGACACUAUCAAACUGUAACCUCCAGAUCAACCAUAUAGUUGGAACUGUGCACAGUGUCAACAAAACAGAGCAUUGUAGUAGAAUUAAAAUACAAUUUGCAGAUGUUAACAUUGUAUCCACACCCUAUACAUAACAACACUAUGUGUGAAGGGCUCACAUUGCUAGCAAGAUAAGCAUCAGGUUAUUUUUUUUCCAGAAAAGCUGAGCAACCUGAAAACUCAGCCAAAGCAUGCAGAACUCAUAAUGCUCCAUCAGCAUUAAAAUGCAAAAACAAAAACACUUUUAUUACUGUGUUGCAAAAUGAUUGAAGCCAUCAUUAAUGUCUUUGGUAUCUCUCACCAUUUUUAUUUUACUUGAUCUUUUGUCCUGGUAGCAUGCACUUACAGAUGUAUGAUGUGUUUAGAUUGAUAUACUGUAUAUCAGGUCAUGUUGUCCUGAGCACAUUGAUACAUUUUAACUCGACUAGGCAGGUGGUCUCUAAUGCUACCAUCCAGACAAACUCCAUGGUUAGUCCCUCUGUCACACCACUCAAGGCUCUAAGAACAGCUAAACUGUCAGCAUGUUCAUUGUGUCUAAUUCAAUAUUGUGCUGUGUAAGUAUUAUCACAGUCUCUAGAUGCCACUGCUAAGGCUAGACUGCAUUUUUAUUUGUAUUAUUUCAGUUAAUGCUACCUAGAUAUGGUUUUAUGGCUCAGCAACAAUUGUUAUGUUACGUAUUUUAUGUGAAACAAUACCAAAGCAGCAAAAAAGUAAUUUAUCUGAUUAGCUGCCAACAAUAUUAGUGCAUGCUUGUUAGGUAAGAUAAAUAUUGAGCCAAACUGGAGGUAUGAUAUGCUACCUGCAGUGGGAAUGCAUACCAAGGGCAACCGACGGAGGUGAGACAGAAGAAUACAGUGCCUUACUAAGCCAGAGAGGAACUAUGCAAGCUGGGGGAGGAGAGAAGCUUGACAGAAAGGCAGUGUAAAGAGGGGGCAUCUGAAUUUGCAAACUGGCGUUGGGGUUGUAAAAACUGGAACUGGUUUUAGAGUAUGAACAAGUAUGAACUCUAGAGGAUAGUAACAAAAGACAUGGGGGACUUGAUACAGAAAAUAUUGACAUUUAAAAUAAUAAUUAAAUUGUAGUUUCAUGCGUUCCAGAUAGAAUGUUAUUAGUGGCAGCAUUGAAAUUACAGACUUAUAUGGUAUAGUAUUGUGCUUCUUGUUGACUUCAGAUGGCUUCUUCUUUUCGUCAAAUUCUUUGACAGGUUCUUCUAUACUUAUGAAGUCUGUUUUUAGGUUCACGUAACUGUAACCCACCUAAAGUAAGAUUCAAAGAUUCACAUAAAACCAACCUGCAGGUCUGCUGCAAGACAUUUUGUAGGCAUCAUCAGAGGUCACAGAGAAGCAAACCAUUCCUUAAUCUCAAACAAUUUAAUGUAGGAGCCUUUGCAUCAAAUAGGUUCAUUGUUUGGAGUAGCUUCUGUCAGGACAAGAACAAAAUGGUGAAUUAAUAAAGAAAACCAUAUAGUGUUUUCAAUCAUGGCAUCCAAUUUAUUCUUAUUUCCAUGGCUUGUCCAAGUCUACCAAAUGUUACAGGAACAUUUAUCAAUAAACAAAAGAGUAAUUUCAUAGGACCAGUGUGCAUAAAGGUAUAAAGCUACCAAAUUUGCUGCACAGUAGCACACUAUCCCUGUGGGCUUGAACAGAAGAGUAAACAAUCCACAGACAUACACAAGAAACACGUGUCCAUAAUCAUGAAUAUUUUUUUUGUUUUACAGAGGUGCUGAUUCAUAUUUUUAUUAUCAUUUGAGGCAGGCAUUUGUGCUGGUGUUGAAAUGCAUUAACUGAGGUAUUUUUGUAUAGCUCAGUGGAUGUAAGAACCUGUCAGGUUAUUAGGUGAAUGUUACAAUUUAUGCUUAGCCAUACGUGAUUAAAAUGACUUUCACGCAUAACGAUAGUCAUAACUCAUCAGAGUUCAUCUCAUACUGUAAUACCAUCAGUUUUACAUCAUCAUGCAUUACAAUGUGUUGUACUGUAAGCUUAUGUUCCAGUAUUGUAUUAUGUUUUUGUUUGUUUGUUUGUUUUUCCAUUGUUGGACCUUGUAGGAUUUUUGGUUAGACAAAAACAUUGCACAGAUAUAGGCUCAAUGAAUGAUAAUGUCAGAAACUAAAUACUCUGUCAUAAGCAAUAUUUAUAAUAAGCAAUUAUUUAUUUUCCCCUACAGUGAUAGGAAGUGUGUGUUGAUUUAAUGAGUGCUCAGAACUUGUUAACAGUAUUAGACAAGCAUGUUCAAGAUUCCUUUUCAAAUAAGAAUUAUUUGUUCAGGUUUGGUUUUUCAUGUUUCUUUUCUUGUGCAGACCUUAAUGGUGAAAUACUGCAAAGAGGGUAAAUCUUUAUAUAUUAGACAUUCUGGAAAAAAGCCAUUGCAUGUUUAAUAGUGGAUUUAUGAAUGAAUGACAAAGACCCUAAACUUAUUCCACCCAUAAAUUCAAUAGAAUUAUUUUAGAUCAAUUAAUAUUUCUGUGUUAUUGCUUUUAAGUGUUGUGGGCUUUAUAUUAACUUUUCAGGUCAUUUUGCCGAAACAGCAUCCCACUCAAAACUAAAGAACCUUGUUCCUGCUCUUCUGUCACUAAGUCUUCUGCGUUUUAAUAUACUAUGAGUUAAAUAUUUGUUUAAGUACCAUUUAAUUAAUAUUUUAAGCAAUAGUCCUUCGGGGAGUGUAUAAGAGAUAAUAAUUGAUAAUUGUAAAUGACAAAUAAAAGUAGAACAAAUAAAAGCUUGCUCAACUUUGUCUCAAAGAUAAAUACAGUCAUGUAUUUGUUAAUGUAUUUAUUAUUUUAAUUGUUGACUUCAAUCAUCUAGUAAAUCUGAGGGUUGUUAAGUUAAAGGAGAGUGUCAUUUUAUUGUGAAGGUGCAUAUUUUACUGGCUCUUACAUGUAAGUUUGGCUGAACAACCUUUGUCAUCUCUGUACCUUAUUAGCUUUGUACUCCCUGAACAGAUAACAGUAUCUUUGUUUUGCAAGUUUGUUGGUAAAGAAACAAGUUGUCACAUACUGCUCACUUAUAGUUUUCUCUCUUUAAAAUCCAGUUCAUCAGCAGUGGAGUAAGUUGAACCUAAAAUUAACUUUGUCAGUGAUGAACUGCCAACUGUAUACAAUAUAAAUGUUAAAAUAAAAGAAGAUAGAACAGACAGCAUAUGGGUUUGCUGGAAACGGGUAAAUUAGGUAGGUAGGUAGGUUAACUCAAGUUAAAAAAAAGUAAGGGAUGGAUAAUAAUAAUAAUAAUAAUAAUAAUCAUCAUCAUUAUUAUUAUUAUUCUCAAAUAUUUUCUUUGUUACUGAUAUGUUCAAGAUUUCCACUAGAGGCUAAUAAAGAGCCAUGUUUACUGAUUGCACCUUUAAGUGUGACAGUGCAUGUGAGGUUUACAAUUAACACAGAUAACGCAGUAGAUGAUACAGUUGCAGCAACCCAGUGUAAGUGUUAUGAAUACAAUACAAUAUGCUUAUUAUGAAAUGCUAAUGUAAUGCCUCUUUUUUUAAACUUAAGACACAGACUGAAGAAUUCCAGUAAGAAGCGGUAUUUUGCUCAUGUAAAUUAACUGCUUUCAAAUUUACUAUAACACAAAGAGGUCAUGUUUAUUUCAGUUUAGUAGUGCACAAUGUAGACUUUUUGACUGCUAUUAGUACUUCUGAAAGAGAAAUGUGUAAAGUUGGACUGAUUAAUAAAUGGAUUUGCAUGAUUUUCAAAAUAAAGCUUUUUGUACAAGCUUUUAUUAACUUGUACAAUGUCUUUAA